AUUAUAGUAAAAAUAAAUGAAACCCAAUUAUAACCGCGCUUUUUGUGUAAACAAAAGUUCAUGCCUGUUUGUGCCUGCUAAAAAUGAAUAAUAUCAUAAAUUUAUAUAUUUAUAUGUAUAUAAAUAUAUAAUGAGGCCGAGAUUCUCAAGCCACCUUGCUUUUGUUUAUCAUCCGCUUAACAACUAAAAUAAUACUAAUUUGUAUUUUUAAAAUAUUAAUAAAUAUUGAAGAUAAUUAUAAAUAAUUUUCAAAAUUAAUAUUUAAAAAAUAAAUAACAAUGCCUGGUGAAAAAUUUCAAGACAAAGGUAUUAUUAGAAAAAUCUACCUCAAAGAUUUUAUUACAUACAGUGAGGCUGUGGUAACACCAGGACGCAAUUUAAAUAUGGUAAUAGGACCAAAUGGUUCUGGUAAAUCAACAUUGGUCUCAGCUUUAGCUCUUGGAUUAGGCGCAACACCUAAAACAUUGGGUAAACCUGGUCAUAUUUCUCAAUAUAUACGUACAGGAUGUCAAAAAGCAUAUAUUGAAAUUCAUAUUCAACAAACAAUAAAUAAAAUUAUUAAAAUAAGCCGUACAUUUACGUCGGAAAAUAAAACUACAUGGAUGAUUGAUGGACAUCCGGUUAUUGAAAGUAAAAUUCGUGAUGUUAUUCAGGAUUUUAAUAUACAGGUUGAAAAUCUUUGUCAAUUUUUACCACAAGAACGAGUCUCAGAUUUUUCAAAAAUGGAUUCACGACAAUUAUUAUUAAAUACCGAAAAAUCUGUUGGUGAUCCGCGAUUACAUAAUUAUCAUAUGCAGUUAAUUGAACUUCGUAGUGCAGAAGAAAAAAUGGAAGCUGAGAUUCAACAAAAAAAAUCAAAACUUGAUGUAGAAACUAAAACCCUCAAAGGAUUAGAAGAGUCAGUAUCAAGUAUCAGAGAGAGAACAGCAUUAAGUAAAAAAUUAAAAACAUUGAAGCAGAAAAAAGCUUGGUUAAAAUAUGAUGAUGCACGAAAAGUCAUAACUGAGACUAAAGAAGAAAGAGACAAAGCAUACAAAGAAUUGGAACAGUUGAGAAAAACAUUAGGUCCUACUAAUGAACUUAUGGUUAAAAAAAAAAGUGACAUUAAAAAGUUGGAGAAUUUGGUAAAUAGUCACAGUGGUAAAAUUAAUGAACAUGAAUAUAAAUUAAACAAUAUAAUUGAGGCAUUAGAUAAUUUUCAUUAUAAAGUAAAUGAAUGUAAGAAAGAGUGUAGUAAUGAAAUAGAACAUGAAAAAUUAAGUGAUAAAGAAAUAAAAAAAUCUGAAAUACGUAAAAAUAAAUUAGAAAAUGAUAUGCGUCUUAUGAUUGAUGAGUUAGGAUCUGAAGAAUUAAUAAAAAAACGUUAUCAAGAAUCAGAACGUAAAUUUUCAUGUCAAAAAAAAAUAAUUGAUGAAUAUUCUGAUGAAAUAACUAGAUUAAAAAAUGAUAGUAUAAAAAUAAAAAAUGAUAUUGCUCAUGCCCAACGUUAUUUAGACAAUCUUAAAGAUGUUGAUUCUAAACGUAUGGAUGUUCUUAGAAAUAUCAGUAAUGAUGCAUAUGAAGGCGUUAAAUGGCUCAGAUCAAAUCUUGAUAAAUUUCGCGGGAAAAUUCAUGAACCAAUGCUGCUAACACUUCAACUUGAUCAUAAUGAUCAUGCUAAAUAUGUUGAACGUGUUAUAGCACAGCGUGAUCUAUUAGCUUUUGUAUGUGAAAAUAAAGAUGAUAUGAAUCUUUUGUUAAAAUACUUGAGAGAAGACCGUAAAUUAAUUAUCAAUGCUGUUCAUUCAGAUCCAAACAAACCGUAUGAUAAUAGACCUUACAUUCCACUUGAUCAAAUUCGCCAAUUUGGUUUUCAGCAUUAUUUGAUUGAAUUUAUUGAAGCACCUUUAACUAUUAUGAAGUAUUUAGUUCAAAUGUAUCAAAUUCAUAAUAUUCCUGUUGGUACUGCGGCUGUUGAAGAUAAUCCUGAUCGUAUUCCUGAUAAUUUACAAUUAUACUUUAGCCCAAAUAAUUGUUACAGUGUUAGAAAAUCAAAGUACACUGGUGAUAAAUCUACUAGUAUAUCACGAUUAGGUGCAGCACGUGCAUUUAAUAUUAAUCUUGAUACUAGUAAAAUACAAGAAAAUGAACAAAAAAUUGUUGAAUUAAAUUACGAAUUAGAUAAUAAUAAUCAAGAAAUGCUGACAGUAUGUCAACAUUACCAAGAAGAAAAUAAAAAAUUAGAUGAAUUACGUAUUACUAGAACUAAAUAUCGUUCAGAGGUUAAUCAAAUUCAAAAAUUAGAAUCAGAAAUAAAUGUUGCUAAAAGUAAAUUACAAAAAUUAAAAAAUGAACGUAAGAGUAUCGAUGAAAUAAAAGCUAUUACUAAAGAAAAAAUAAUGAGAAUGAUAAAUAAACAAAUUGAUUAUUAUACUGAGUGUAAUAAAUUGUAUGAGAAAGUUGUUUCAAUGGCAACACAAUCAAAUGUUGAUUCAUUAAAGUUAAAAAUGAUGCAACAGGAAUUAUUAAAAUUAUCAAAUGAAUCAUUAAGUUUAAGAGAAAGACUUGAAGCAGCUGAUGCACAUUUCAGUGAUUUAGAUCGACAAGUUAAAGAAAUGAAAAUUGAAAUAGAUAAAUUUUUUGAAGCAGCACUUGCAGAAACAAAUGGUAUGAAUCCACAAGAUCCGAAAUUUCAAAGCUUGCAUAAAGCUUUUAAAAAAUUACCUAGUAAUCUUUCAGAUAUAGAAAAAGCCAUACAAGCAUCAAAUGCUAAACUUUAUUGUUUAGCUAAUAAUGAUAAUGGUGAACAAAUACUUAGAGAAUAUGAUAGACUUAAGCAAGACAUUGACAGAUUAAACAAUGAAACACAAGAACUCAAUGAUAAAUUAAAAAUAAAUCAAGAUCAAAUCACUAAAAUCCACGAUGACUGGUUACCACUUAUUAAUACAUUAGUUGAACAAAUAGAUAAAAACUUUUCCACUUAUUUUGCAAGUGUUGGUUGUGUUGGCGAAGUUAAAUUUAACGUACCUGAUAAUAUUAAAAAUUAUGAAAUGUAUGCAUUGCAAAUAUCUGUUAAAUUCCGCGAUACUGAUCAACUUCAAAUAUUUGAUCAACAACGACAGAGUGGGGGUGAAAAAGCUUUUACAACUGCAAUUUACAUGCUUUCACUUCAAGAGUUAUGCAAUGUACCAUUUAGAUGCGUUGAUGAAAUAAAUCAAGGAAUGGAUCCUGUUUAUGAAAGACGUGUUAUGGAUUUACUUGUUGAAUUAACAAUGAAUAAAAAAGGAUCACAGUAUUUUUUAAUUACACCUAAAAUACUUCCUAAUUUACAUUACAAUGAUAAUUGUCGAAUUCAUGUCGUUCAUAAUGGCCCAUUUGUUGUUUCCAAUGAUAAAUUUAAUAUGCAAAAUUUUUGUUCAAGACUUAUCACUUAACAUUUUAUUAUUAUUUUACUUUUUUAUAAUCAUUAAUAUAUAUUAUUUAUUAUUAUUAUUACUACUAUUAUUAAACUAUUUCUUUAUCUUUUAUAUUCAUGACAAAAUUAUAGUUAUUA